AUGAACACCCACUAUUAAAAAUACAAAGAUCUAGUCCCCAUAGUUCCUUAAUCAAAUGAAAAUGCCACAAUAACUUUUCCAGAUGGCAAAACCUAUAAAAUCCCCAUAUUGAAAGGUACUUUAGGUCCUCCAGUUUUAGAUAUAAGAAAUUUAGCUUAAUAAACUGGUUAUUUUACUUAUGAUCCUGGUUUUACUGCUACAUCUUCUUGUGCUUCUUAAAUUACUUAUAUAGACGGUGAAAAAGGUUAACUAUUAUACAGAGGAUAUAAAAUAGAAGAUUUAGCUGAAAACUGUUCUUUUAUGGAAACUUGCUAUUUGAUGAUAUACGGAUAACUACCGUGUAAGAAAGAAAAAGAGGCCUUUGAGGAACUUGUAGUAUCCGAAAUGGUUGUACAUAAAAAGAUUUAAGAUUUCUAUUAAGGAUUUUAGGCCGAUGCGCACCCUAUGGCUAUUAUGUUAGGUGUAGUAGGUGCUUUAAGUGCAUUUAUGUAUCAAGAAUUCAAUGUUAAUGAUAGUCGUGAUCGUGAACAUAUAGCUAUUAAAGUCAUUGCAAAAAUUCCUACGCUUGCAGCUUAUGCUUUUAGGACUGCUUCGGGAUUGCCUUUAAUCUAACCUAAAAAAAAAUAUAAUUAUGUUUAGAAUUUUCUCUAUAUGAUGUUAGCGAAUCCUAUGGAUGAAGAAUUUUAAAUCGAUGAAGUUAUUGUAUAAGCUAUUGAUAAAAUACUACUUUUACAUGCAGAUCAUGAGUAAAAUGCAAGUUCUUCAACUGUGAGGAUUGCGGGUAGUUCUUAAGCUAAUCCAUUCGCAUGUAUAGCUGCUGGUAUUGCAAGUUUAUGGGGACCAAUGCAUGGAGGAGCGAAUGAGGCUGUACUUAAUAUGUUAGAGUAAAUUGGAAAUGUUGAUAAUAUCGAAAAAAUAUUAUAGAUGUCAAAAGAUAAGAGUUCAGGGUUUAGAUUGAUGGGUUUUGGGCAUAGAGUGUAUAAAAACUUUGAUCCUAGAGCGAAAAUUAUGCAGAAAAUGUGCUAUAAAGUGCUCUAGGCAGUUGGUUAGGAUACUAUGCCUUUAUUUGAUCUAGCUUUAAAGUUAGAAUAAGCAGCUUUGAAUGACAAAUAUUUUUUGGAUAGAAAACUUUAUCCUAAUGUAGAUUUUUACACAGGAUUAGUUUACAAAGCAAUAGAUAUUCCAGUAAAUAUGUUCACUGUUAUGUUUGUUAUUGCAAGAUCUAUUGGAUGGAUUACUUAAUGGUCGGAAAUGAUGGCAGAAGGAUUAAAUAAAAUAGGAAGACCAAGAUAAGUUUAUGUAGGAGAAAAAAUAAGAGAAUUUGUAAAAAUAGAAGAUAGAAAAAAACAGAAUUAGUCUAAUAUAUUAUAAAUGCCUAAAUUAGCAAAAGUUACGAAUUUAAUGAAAUUGUGA